GUAACACCCAUUUUGUUUACCUGGUGCAGAGAGGCGGAAACUCCCAGCCUGGAAAGAGAAGAGGAAGCACAACCAAAGUCAAAGAAGAGAUAAGAACAGUUUGUUUAGGUGUGAGAAAGUUGUUUUUUCCUCAAUCAAACUGGAUUUUAAAGAUACUUGGAAACUUUCAGAGAUACUUUAGAGUUUGCUUCCCUCCCUUUUGGCAUUACAAAGGUGUGAGUAUGAGAAGUGGGACAGUCAGAGUAAUGGGAGGAGCCGCUGGCUUGGACUAAGUCUGUUCAUAUGGUAAAUAGAGGGUCACAUGGGGCAAUAGUCUUGGAGCAGUGGGGGGAAAAGGGAGGGAAAGGAACAAGGCGAGAGAGUGAAGAGAUAUACACUGCAGGACUUUGGCCUGCCUCACGUGCAGGAGGCAGCACUUUCACCCUGAGACACUGGAUCACAUUACAAAUACAAAGGAAACAAGCGAGUUGGAGUGAGUGCCAUGUUGUGGUCAAUCUGAAUCUCUAGCUCUCUGUGCUGGGGCCCUGUGUCCUUCACUUAACCUUUGGAUAUUUUUUCCUUUGGAUGUAUUAAAAGUGUCUUCCCGGGUGUGUCUUCACCUCUUCAAACUUUCUUCUGGCCAACUGAUGAGCCAAGAUGCCCACCAACUUCACUGUAGUGCCAGUGGAGGAUGCAGAUGGUGGCAACAAGAGCGCGGCUGCAGCUGGAGACAGCAAACCUGUCAGUUUGGGCAAACUUUUUGACAAUGAAGGGGUUGAGAACAACGUAGAAGUCGAUGACAGUCCCGGAGAGUCCAGUCCAUUCAUCAACUCAGACAAUGACAGAGAACACUACCGGUACUAUGAAGGCAAGAACAUGGCCUUGUUUGAGGAGGAAAUGGAUAGUACCCCCAUGGUAUCAUCACUUCUCAACAAGCUAGCCACUUACACCAACCUGCCCCAGGGUGUUCGUGAGCAUGAGGAGGCCGAGGACGGAGUCAGGAGGGUCGCUGUCAUGGUUCCUCAGAUGGGAACCUUCAUUGGAGUUUACCUGCCCUGCAUGCAGAACAUCCUGGGCGUGAUUCUCUUUCUGCGUCUCACCUGGAUCGUCGGCACAGCAGGAAUCCUUGGAUCCUUCGCCAUCGUCUCCAUGUGCUGCAUCUGUACUCUACUCACAGCCAUAUCGAUGAGCGCCAUAGCAACCAAUGGAGUUGUCCCAGCCGGUGGCUCGUACUACAUGAUCUCCAGAUCACUGGGUCCAGAGUUUGGAGGAGCAGUGGGUCUCUGCUUCUACCUCGGAACCACGUUUGCUGGAUCCAUGUACAUACUGGGCAUUAUAGAGAUUCUGCUGACAUACAUUGUCCCAACAGCAAUUCUGUUUGGUGGACAAGAAGCAACGCCCAACGACAUGCGUGUCUAUGGCACAUGCUGCCUGGUCCUGAUGGCACUGGUAGUGUUUGUAGGUGUGAAGUAUGUGAACAAACUGGCUCUGGUGUUUCUGGCCUGGGUGAUUCUCUCAAUCUUGGCUACUUAUGCAGGAGUCGUCAAGACAAUGAUUGAGCCACCGGAGUUUAAUGUGUGUCUGUUAGGGAACCGAUCUCUAAAGAAUGAGAAGUUUGAAACGUGCGCAAAGACGGAGUUUGUGAAAAACCACACUGUGAACACUGAGCUAUGGAGCAUCUUCUGUGACAGUACAUAUCCCAAUGCAACCUGCGAUGAUUACUUCAUCUUGAACAACCUGACGGAGAUGAAGGCCAUACCUGGGCUGCUGAGUGGAGUUAUCAAAGACAACCUGUGGGGCGACUAUGGUCCAGUUGGUACAUUCAUAGAGAAGAAAAGCCAACCUUCAGUCCAAGUCCAGGAAACGCCCACUACUACUAACACUAAUGAGCACUACGUCAUUAAUGACAUCACCACCUACUUCACUCUGCUGGUGGGAAUUUACUUCCCUUCUGUCACAGGUAUAAUGGCUGGUUCUAAUAGGUCUGGUGAUCUCAGAGAUGCACAGAGGUCCAUCCCAAUAGGAACCAUAAUGGCUAUCCUCACGACCUCCUUCAUCUACAUCUCCUGCGUGGUCAUGUUUGGAGCCUGUAUUGAAGGGGUGGUGCUGAGAGACAAGUUAGGUUACUCAGUAAAGAAGAACCCAGUAAUUGGUAUUCUAGCCUGGCCUUCGCCCUGGGUGAUUGUGAUUGGCUCAUUUUUCUCCUGCUGUGGGGCAGGGCUUCAGAGCCUCACUGGUGCCCCUCGGCUGUUGCAGGCCAUUGCUCGGGAUGGCAUCGUCCCAUUCUUACAGGUCUUUGGUCAUGGGAAGGCUAACGGUGAGCCCACCUGGGCUCUGUUACUGACAGUAGGGAUCUGUGAGAUAGGAAUCCUCAUCGGUUCUUUGGAUGCUGUGGCCCCCAUCCUCUCCUUGUUUUUCCUCAUGUGCUAUCUGUUCGUCAAUCUGGCCUGUGCUGUUCAAACUUUGCUCCGCACCCCCAACUGGAGACCUCGCUUCAAGUUCUAUCACUGGACCCUGUCCUUCUUAGGGAUGAGUCUGUGCCUCUCUCUCAUGUUCGUCUGCUCCUGGUACUAUGCUCUGGUUGCCAUGGUGAUAGCUGGCUGUAUCUACAAGUACAUUGAGUACAGAGGGGCGGUGAAGGAAUGGGGAGAUGGGAUCAGAGGUUUGUCCUUAAAUGCAGCACGCUAUGCUCUUAUCCGGCUGGAGGAAGCACCACUACACACCAAAAACUGGAGGCCUCAGCUCUUGGUGAUGUGUAAGUUGAACUCAGACCUGGCGGUGAAACACCCUCGUCUCAUGUCCUUCACUACGCAGCUCAAAGCAGGAAAGGGACUGACCAUCGUGUGUUCAGUCCUGGAGGGAACCUACAUGACCAGACGGAAUGAUGCUAAGACUGCAGAGCAGAACUUGAAAGCAGCCAUGGCUGCAGAGCGGAUGAAAGGUUUCUCCCAUGUGGUGGUGUCGUCCAACCUACGAGAUGGUUUCUCCCUGCUCAUCCAGUCAGCAGGACUGGGAGGAAUGAAACACAACGCUGUGCUGAUGGCCUGGCCGACACGAUGGGAACAGGCCCGGGACACCUCAGCGAGGAGGAACUUCAUAGAAACAGUGAGAGAGACGACGGCAGCCCAUCAGGCUCUGCUGGUUGCUAAGAACAUCGACCAUUUCCCCGAAAACCACGAGCGUCUGAAGGAGGGAAGCAUCGAUGUGUGGUGGAUCGUACAUGAUGGUGGACUGCUCAUGCUGCUGCCAUUUUUACUGAGUCAGCACAAGGUGUGGAAGAAGUGUAAAAUGAGAAUCUUCACUGUGGCCCAAAUGGACGACAACUCCAUCCAGAUGAAGAAAGACCUCCAGAUGUUUCUCUACCAUUUACGCCUGGAUGCAGAGGUGGAGGUGGUGGAGAUGCACGACAGUGACAUCUCGGCCUUCACCUAUGAGAAGACCCUGGUGAUGGAGCAGAGGUCUCAGAUGCUCAAACAGAUGCAGCUGUCGCGCACUGAGAGGGAGAGAGAGAUUCAGAGCAUCACAGAUGUAUCACGUGGUUCCAUAAAGCGGAAGAAGACGCUGGAUGACGCUCCUUCCUUCAACGCCUUUUGUAUACCAGAGGAAGAGGUAGCAGUGGCGACCAAACAGCUUGUGGCCCAGUUGAUCCAUGACCGAAACACAGCGUCUCAUUCGGCCAUGAAUGACAAAGCGGCCGGUGGCGCACCAGAUCGUGUCCACAUGACCUGGACCAAAGACAAACUGAUCCAGGAGAGGAACCGACACAGAGAAGGCAUGGGAGUCAAAGACAUGUUCAAUAUGAAACCUGAGUGGGAGAACCUCAACCAGUCCAACGUGCGGAGGAUGCACACAGCUGUGAAGCUGAACGAGGUGGUGGUCAAGAAAUCCAAGCACUCACAGCUGGUCUUGCUCAACAUGCCUGGUCCACCAAAAAACAAGAAAGGGGAUGAGAACUAUAUGGAGUUCCUGGAGGUCUUGAUGGAAGGCCUAGACCGUGUCCUGUUGGUUCGUGGAGGAGGCCGGGAGGUCAUUACCAUCUACUCCUAGUGCCAAGAGGUUCUUAAUUGUACGGAAGGACACUUGAAGGGGAAACAUUGUUGGACAGUUGGAUCCCAAAGGGCAUCAGGUUGAGGGCGGUAAAGGGCACAGAAGUCCUCUCUACACCCUCUCCUCCUGGGACUGCUCCACAUCUGUUCACUGUAAAAUGCCAACCAUGUGGUUACACUGUGGACAUGUUCUUUUCUCAGAUUAACUGUUUUCUGAAAGAGCUGUUGUAUCUAUUGAACAUGUUUUAUUGCUUCAACAGGCACUUGUUGGAGGCAAGAGCUGGUUGUCAUUUUUAACAUUACACUGAUUGUGGUAGCGGGCAACAACACUGGUUUCAACAAGGAAUGCUAUCAUAGCUGACAGUGCACUGAAAGACAAGAACUGACUUUGGAAUUAUGGGAUGACUUGUAUGUCACGUUUGCCUCAUAUCAUUGUUUCAGAAGUUUAAGCCCAAGUGUCAUUGAUUGCUAUUAAUGUGACAAGAUUGAUUGCAUUCUAUAGAUUGCCUUGAACGUUACUUAUCCACUGUUUUUGUUGCCACAGAUAACAUUAGUGUGCCAAGUGUGAUCAAAAAGAGUAGAACUGCGACCGGGUGUGAUUUAAGCAUUUUAGUACAUUUUAGUUGAGUCAAUGGUUUUUGAACAGAAUGUUGGGCUGUGUGUGUGCAUUGAUGAGGAAAACUGCGCAACACUGAGCCUACGUAGUGUUUUUAUGCAAUAUUUUUUUUAGCACAGAUAACUUUAUCUACAGUGUGUCAUGUUUGUUCAAGAAAACAGACAUAUUAAACAAACCAAAAAAAAAA